AUGAUAUCUAUCAGACAAACCAAACUGAUUCGGCCACCUCCCGGUACCGAUCACCUCCAAAUCCGGGUCGGUAGCACGAAUUAUCUCUAUGCGGUCACGGCCUUUGUGUCCCUUGGAGCCUUUCUUUUUGGAUACGACCAAGGGGUAAUGGGUGUGAUCGUAGCGGAUCAACGAUGGAUUGAUCUGAUGCAACCGAAGAACUCGUGGGUUACUGGCAUGGUUGUUUCCUUAUACGAUGUUGGAUGCUUUUUUGGGGCCAUGUCACUCGGAUACCUUGCAGAUCCAAUUGGACGUGAGCGGACCCUGGCGGUUGCUUGCUUUGUUUUCAUCGUUGGCGCUGUCCUCCAAGCGUCAUCAUACUCAAUUACACAGAUCACAAUCGGUCGAGUGAUUCUAGGAUAUGGCGUGGGCGCAUGCGCUGGUGGUGUUCCUCUCUACGUGGCCGAGCUUUCUCCACCGGAUAUCCGCGGCCGAAUUGUCGCCAUUGAACAAAUGAUUCUGUGCCUGGGAGAGCUGGUUGCAUUCUGGAUGAACUAUGGGAUUAAUUUCCUUGAAACAGGUGACUGGUGGCGCAUUCCAUUAGCCAUUCAAAUAUUACCAGCCGUGAUUCUUGCUCUCGGGUGCUGGUUCUGGCUUCCUCCCAGUCCCCGAUGGUUGGUCAGUCAAGACCGAAAAGAGUGUGCAAAAGAGGUUCUCACAAGACUUCACGGAUCCGAGGCAGCUGAUCUUGAAUUGUUGGAGAUUCAGGCUUCGAUUGAUUUUGAGCACACUGUCAGCAAGGCGACUUGGAAAGACAUGUUCACCAAGCCCGUGUUGCGAGUAACUCUUUUGGGAAUGGGCGUCCAAUUCCUCCAGCAGAUUACAGGGACUAACUCUAUUCUCUACUACACCCCAUCUUUAUUCAAACGCGGAGGAAUUAAGGACCCGCGCACCGCAAACCUUGCAACGGGAGGCGUGGGUAUUGUGUUAUUUGUCUUCUCUUGGGUGCCAAUCUUUUACUUUGAUCGAUUGGGCCGGAAGACUUGGCUGCAGAUUGGAACCGUCGGAAUGAUGGGGGCCAUGAUCGGAAUCACAGUGCUGCAGUGGUACGCCGAGCACCACCCGGAUGACAGCGCAAAUUAUACCAUCAUCGUAUUCCCAUAUCUGUUCUAUAUGUUUUUCAAUAUUAGUUGGGGCGUUGGGUCAUGGACGUAUGCGGCCGAGAUCUUCCCCGGCUCUAUGCGGGCAAAGGGCAAUGCUCUCACCACCGCAUCACUUUGGGCGGCGUGCUACAUUGUGGCACAGGCAAGUCCACCUAUCGGUGAUGCUAUUGGCUGGGGGUUGUACAUCAUAUACUCUGCCAUCUGUGUCAUUGCUUUCUUCUUCGUGCGAUACUGUCUAGUGGAAACUCGGGGGCGGUCACUCGAGGAGAUGUCCCGACUAUUCGGUAUCGAAACCAGGUUGGCCGAGCGCAGUGCCGUCAAUAAGAUGGCCAUCGAAGAACACGUGGAGAACGUGGGUUCGUCCUCUCGCGGCUAA